AGAGUGCUGUUCGUUUUCUUUUUUGCCAUCUUGUCGAGUGGUAAGAGGAAGAGCAGAGCGGCAGUUAGCUUGCUGCUAGUAAGUAGGUUUGUGACAUAGCAGCAGCUCUAAAUAGUGAGAGAACCAGAGGACGAGGAAGAUAAACUUUCUUAAAUUCAGGUAUUUCUGUCUAUCGGAGGAUAUAGAUUCAAUGUGAAGAUUUGGAAGAACAUUAGGACUUGUUUACAUGAUGUCGUACAGGCUUGUUUAUAGGUAAGGAUCGAACUAACGACACCGAUAGCUAUUAUUUGGUUAGCUUUGAGCUACAUUAGCUAGCCAGCUAAAAGGGAGAGUGGUGAACGGAGCCCGCCUCAGACUAAAGUGUUGGUAGCAGCUGGUGAGCGGUAACUGCAACAAGGGGCUGCUUACAACUCCGGGGCCGGGACAAUAACGCACGCAGGAGGCCAGGUUCGGGAAGAACUGGAGGAGAGGAGGUGGUGAUAUCGGGAUACUUGUCACACAGCGACAAGCUAACGUUACUCUGUCCGAUUUCGGACGGUGGGCUGUUUUUUUUUUUUUUUUAACAGACAAUCUUCAACAGGAGAGGGGAACAAGGAAUAUGUCGCAUACUUGCCUGCUAUAAUCUGUGAAUUCUUUAGCUAGCUCGUUAAAAGCUAUCACUUAUUGAGCUCAGACGAAACGCUUAUCAAGGAAAUAGACAGUCACUUGAGUGACUAGCAAAGAUAUUCAACAUGUCAAAAAUGCCAGCAAAGAAGAAGAGUUGUUUUCAGAUUACGAGUGUGACACAGGCUCAGGUGGCGGCCAGUAGCAUCACGGAUGACACCGAGAGUCUGGACGACCCGGACGAAUCCAGGACCGAGGAUGUGUCAUCCAAAAUAUUCGACGUGUCCCUGGUCGAUCCGGGAGUAUGUGAUCGAAGUUCAUCUGAGGAGACUUUAAACAAUGCAGGGGAGGCGGAGGCAGCUGUCAUGGCCUUACAUUUACUUCAAGAGGGGCAGCCAGUAGCUGCAACAGGUCCUUUUAAUGGGAGCCAUGCUCUUAGAAGUACAGGCCUGAGCCAUAUCAACCCACAAUUUUUAGGGGGUAGUGUUCCUGUACCAGCUGCGAGUCAGCCCUCCAUUCCAACCUCUGCCACCCAGCAGCUGACAACAGUCAACGCUGGCCCUGCUGCAAAUGUUUCCCCAAGUGUAUCUCAAACGACCCCCGCGGCGCCUAGCUCUACAACGACGACAAGCUGUAGUUCACGUUUCAGGGUCAUUAAACUUGACCACAGUACAGGAGAGCCCUUCAGACGGGGCAGAUGGACAUGUAUUGAGUUCUAUGAGAGAGAUUCAGAGGGCUCUAGCAUGAGCAGGACUGUGGAUAGCAUAAAACACGCUGUCACUAUUGACCACAAUGCAGACAGUGGGCUAGGGACCACAGGAAGCAAUGUGGUUGCUCCUAGUACUCUCUCCACACAGGCUCAGGAGUCCACAGGUGAUAGUGGCUACUACACUUUCCACCAUGGCCACCCUCCGGAGCUUCAGCAGCAAGGCUACAGCCAAGAGCCCCAGACAGGGAGUGGGGCGAAUGCCUUACAGCCCACAGGGUACUCAGCGACGGUAUCGCAGGCACAGGCCAACGUGCAGCCCGCUGUCCCCCAAAUGCUUCACCCUAUUGGCCUCAAUGGCGUGCCCCAAGGUGGCAUGCUGCAAAAAUCGCCCCUUGUGCCUCUUGCCACGCAGGCCCAGCAGUUUGCCUACUCCGCUCAUCCCUCUGGAAUGCACCCCAGUCAGCUGGACUACCGACAGCAGCACUUAGCCCCUCUACAGCCUCAGGGCUCCAACCCUCAAGCCCACCCCAUGGCCUCCCUCUCUGUGGGGCCUCUGUCGAGUCAGGGCCCCUCGUCUGUCAACACCCCUCAGGCUGGAGAGCUGUCUGGGUCUUUGCACGGCAGUCCAUUAGCCUCGACCCAUGGCCUGUUGCUGCAGGUAGCCAGCGGGGCCGUUAUGUCUCCUGCCCUACAGCAGCCGGUGAGUCAUCCUCAGCCUUCAGGAGGAAUGGGCAGGGCCUCCGCUGUCCAGAAUGUGCCUGCCACAGUGUCCAGUGCCACCAACACCCCCCCAGGCAUGCCAAGCCAGGCCCCUGACCCAGGAGGACUCCCCCUGGCCCAGGUAGCUCGCGGUGAGGCCACAGCCGGGCAGGGCCUUCCCACGGCCAGCCAGGGGGACGACAGCCGCAGGAGGUCGGACACCCUUCCUCAGCCCAAUGCAACCCCUGGAAAAGAUGGCAUGAGGCCUUUCAUCCCUGAGAGCUUGCAGCUGGCCACUCCCACCGUCAACAGCCUGUUCGGGAUAGCCAUUCCCAUGGAUGGAGAUGAGGAUGGCCUGCCUACCAGGACCCCCAGUGUGUCUCAAGGAGGACAACCUAUAAGCUCUCAACGCAGCAUGCAAGGAACAUGUGCAGACAGAGCAGCUGUGUGUGUACUCGGCCGAGGAUUAUGCAACAGGACAGCGAGCGAGCUGGCCGGCAUCGGGUUUCUAUUAAAACCUCUUCAGGAUCGGAUGCUUUUUUCAAAUUUUUGCCUAAAAGGACAUAACCAAAUCUAACUGCUUGUAACUCGAGCAUAUGCAUAUUCUUGGUACCAUUUGAAAGGAAACACUUUGAAGUUUGUGGAAAUGUGAAAGGAAUGUAGGAGAAUGUAACACAAUAGAUUUGGUAAAAGAAAAAAGAAAAACGUUCUUUGAAAUGAAAGAGAAAUGCCAUGUAGUAUUUCUGGCCCAGCUGCAAUUUAGAUUUUGGCCACUAGAGGGCAGCAGUGUAUGUGCAAAGGUUUAGAUUGAUCCAAUGAACCAUUGUAUCUCUGUUAAAUGUAUUAAGACUGCCCAAAUGUGCCUAAUUUGUUUAUUAAUAACUUUUCAUGUUCAAAACUGUGCACUCUCAAACAAUAGCAUGCUAUUAUUUCACUAAUAGCUACUGUAAAUUAGACAGUGCAGUUAGAUCAACAAGAAUUUAAGCUUUCUGCCAAUAGGUAUGUCUAUGCCCUGGGAAAUGUUCUUGUUACUUACAACCUCUUGCUAAUCGCAUUAUCCUAUGUUAGCUCAACGUCCCACAGGGAGGGGACCCACCGAUCCUGAAGACGUUUUGAGUCCUGUUUACAGAAUAGCCUUGGGAGGGACAAUGCUCAUGACUGAUUUUGCACUGGAAAGUAGCAUGGGCCAGUGAUCUGAUGUACAGGCAUUGGGCGGUUGAGGCUCUUUUUGUUUCUUUGUGUCAACCAUUCCCCAUUUACAGUAGAUGACGUCCUAACAAUGCAGCCUCAGAAAAAAAAAGAAGCUUUUUCAGAGGAACCCGUUCAUCCAGAUUCCACAUCCUUCAAUUGUUAUCGUCUCAAUUCAUGCCGUCUUUCCAAGGAAGAAGGGGCCAGGGUUGGUUCCUUUGUAGAAGCACGGUACUGCAGUUUAACUAACGCCCGGGUCAGAAAGACCAUUUCCAUAGACGGCCACACAGAGAAGUCAGAUUUGAGGGGGGGGGGGGGGGGGGGGUUCCUUAGCUCAUCGCCCUCCAGUGACUCCUUGUGGCGGGCAAGGGCGCCUGUAAGCUGACCUCUGUCAGUCGAACUGUUUCCUCCGACACAUUAGUGCGGCUGGCUACCGGAUUAAGCAAGCAGUGUGUUAAGAGGCAGCGCGGCUUGGUGGGUCAUGUUUUGGAGGACGCAUGUCUCGACCUUCGCCUCUGCCGAACCUGUUGAGGAGUUGCAGCGACGAGAUAAAAUCGUAACUACCGAUUGGAUGUUAUGAAAUUAGGGAGGAAAAGGGGGUACAAUUACAACAACAACAACAACAACAACUAAUCCUAAAACACUUUAGUCAUCACCAGGGUGCACAAAACAGCCUUUGAAUUAUUCAAAUAAUUGUAGCUGAGAAAAUACUAUACAUGGAACCAACAUUUUUUCAUUGAGAGCUUAAUGGAAACAAUAAAUAGCAAGGCUGUCUUCGUCAAAAGGCCUUUUUGACUAUCAUUGAACAUGGAACUCCUAUAAGGAAGUGGCUAAUAAAAUGCCAUUUUCAAACAUUUGCCAAAAUGGAAUCUGUUCUGAAUAGUGCACCUAAUGAGCGCUGUUCCAUGUGGUGUUCCACUUAGAAAUAGGGGGUAUCUAAUAGCAACAACUAGGAUGGUUUGCUAUGACUACGAUUGUGGCUUUGGCUUCUGGACAACGAAAGAAAGUUAAUAUGAAAACCAAUUAGAACAGGGGGGAAAUGCUGGGUAAACGGCACGAGGAAGUAUUUUUAUAAAAUAAUUGCCCCCACGUUUCUAUGGGUUGGAUUUUGGAUAGGCUACAUUGAAGCAAGGUAAGAGAUGCCUGAUUAUUUGAAGUAAAGCAAAACAAUUUCAGGUUUCAAACACAAGCUCCCCAUCGCGAUGUGGUGGGUGCCAAGCUGAUAGCCUGCCUACCGGUAGCGAUAGCAGAGGCACGCUUUAAUUACCAGUUGAAAUUGAGAAAUAAAAAAAAAUAGCAGCUCUUUUUUAAAUUUUUUAUUGUGGCUCUCAACAGUUAAUUUAAAACAAGUUUUUUAAAUUAACACGCGGUUGUAUUUGUUGCGCAAUAAUUGGGCUUACAAACGCUUGUUUCACUCCAGUACCAGCUUUUUGAGGAGCUGCUCUCACGCUGACAGCACUAUGCCACUCCUCAAAUUAGGCUCUGUAUGCUGUACUACUAGAAAAUACACACAUGCCAAUUUAAUUCCACUAAAUUAUGCAAAUUAACCUAUAGACCGAUAAGCAUGACCGGUCAGAUGUAUUUUUGGCAGCUAACCGAUUUAACAUCCCUUCAACGUGUAGGCAUAUAAUUAUAAUAUUUUUUUGUGGCACAUGUUUGUACGGACAGAUUACCUAGAUUGAACUAUGCACGCUUCGUCCUGUAGUAGGGAUGACCCCAUUUAGUCAACUGGUCGAUUGUUUGGUCGACAGAUCUUUUUUUAGUCGAGCAUUCAGUCGCAAAGUUUUAUUUUUCAUUAAAAAAAAAAAAUUGUGCAUAAAUGUCAAACUUGCCAAGUCACAUAAAAACACAGCCAUUUUUCCAGCCAAAGAGAGGAGUCGCAGAAAUAUAGAUAAAAUUAAUCA